GGCCUCUGGGUGCAGGGAGCGCAGAGGCGGUGCAGGGCGGCUGGCUCGCCUCGGCGUGCAGUGCGCGUGCGUGGAGCUGGAAGCUAGGUCCUUGGAGUGGGUCGGAGAUGGCGGCGGCCGACCGGGCUUUGCCGGAGGCGGCGGCUUUAGAGCAACUCGCGGAGCUGCCUGCCUCGGUGCGGGCGAGUAUCGAGCGGAAGCGGCAGCGAGCACUGAUGCUGCGCCAGGCCCGGCUGGCUGCCCGGCCCUACUCGGCGACGGCGGCUGCGGCUACUGGAGGCAUGGCUAAUGUAAAAGCAGCCCCAAAGAUAACUGACACAGGAGGAGGCUUCAUUUUAGAAGAGGAAGAAGAAGAAGAACAGAAAAUUGGAAAAGUUGUUCAUCAACCAGGACCUGUUAUGGAAUUUGAUUAUGUAAUAUGUGAAGAAUGUGGGAAAGAAUUUAUGGAUUCUUAUCUUAUGAACCACUUUGAUUUGCCAACUUGUGAUAACUGCAGAGAUGCUGAUGAUAAACACAAGCUUAUAACUAAAACAGAGGCAAAACAAGAAUAUCUUCUGAAAGACUGUGAUUUAGAAAAAAGAGAGCCACCUCUUAAAUUUAUUGUGAAGAAGAAUCCACAUCAUUCACAAUGGGGUGAUAUGAAACUCUACUUAAAGUUACAGAUUGUGAAGAGGUCUCUUGAAGUUUGGGGUAGUCAAGAAGCAUUAGAAGAAGCAAAGGAAGUCCGACAGGAAAACCGAGAAAAAAUGAAACAGAAGAAAUUUGAUAAAAAAGUAAAAGAAUUGCGGCGAGCAGUAAGAAGCAGCGUGUGGAAAAGGGAGACGAUUGUUCAUCAACAUGAGUACGGACCAGAAGAAAACCUAGAAGAUGAUAUGUACCGGAAGACUUGUACUAUGUGUGGCCAUGAACUGACAUAUGAAAAAAUGUGAGUUUUAGUUCAGUGACCUGUUUUAUAGAAUUUUAUAUUUAAAUAAAGGAAAUUUAGAGAUUGGUCCUUUUCAAAAUUCAAAAAAAAUGCAACAUCUUCAUAGAUGAAUGAAACCCUUGUAUAAAUAAUACUUCAGUAAUAAUUAUGUAUGUUAUGGCUUAAAAGCAAGUUUCAGUGAAGGUCACCUGGCCUGGUUGUGUGCAGAAUGUCAUGUCUGUGAUUGCUUUCUUACAACAGAGAUGGGAGCUGAGUGCUACAGUAGGUGCAGAAGUGGUAGGUCAGCUAUAAAUUUUGAGGACAAGAUACCAAGGCAAAACCUAGAUUGGGGUAGAGGGAAAAGGGUUCAACAAAGGCCGAACUGGAUUCUUAACCAAGAAACAAAUAGCAAUGGUGGUGUACCACUGUAUCCCAAGUUCUAGUCAUAUGUUUUUUAGGACGAUUUCUGUGGAAACAGUGGGGAACUACGGCUGGAAAAAGCCCUAAUAGCAGAAAUAAACAUUGAGUUGUACGAGUCUGA